AUGGCGGUCGACAUGAACAUCAAGGAGCUUUUGGUCAUAGGGGAUUCUGAUCUAUUGAUACAACAAGUUCAAGGAGAAUGGACUACCAAGAACAUCAAGAUCCUUCCAUACCUGCACUGUGUAAAAGAGUUAUGCAAGAAGUUCAUAAAGAUUGAGUUCAAGCACAUUCCCAGGAUCCAGAACGAGUUUGAUGAUGCUCUUGCAACCUUAUCAUCCAUGAUUCAGCAUCUAGAUAAGAAAUACAUCGACCCUAUCGAGAUAGAGAUCAGAGAUCAACAUGCGUACUAUUUUCAUAUAGACGAAGAGCCGGAUUGUAAACCGUGGUACCAUGACAUCAAACGGUUCCUUGGAUCAGGAGAGUAUCCAAGGAAUGCUACUAAUAGUUAG